AUGUAUGAGAUGUGGGUGGGUGCAGGAUUGGUUAAUGAGAAAGACGGGUUUCAUGAUAAGGACGGGUUGCCUGAGCAGUAUGGGUUGCAUGAGAAGGACGGGUUGCAUGAAAUGAAUGGGUUGCAUUUGAAUGAUGGUUUACCUAAGAAGGACGGCUUGCAUGAGCAGGAUGGGUUACAUGAGAAGGACGGGUUGCAUGAGAAGAACGGUUUGCAUGGGAAGGACGGUUUGCAUGAGAAGGACGGUUUGCAUGAGAAGGACGGUUUGCAUGAGAAGGACGGUUUGCAUGAGAAGGACGUAUUGCAUGAGAAGGACGGGCUGCAUGAGAAGGACGGGUUGCACGAAAAGGAUGGGUUGCCUGAAAAGGAUUGGUUGCCUGAGAAGGACGGGUUACAUGAGCAAAGGGACGGGUUGCUUGUGAGGGACGGGUUGAAGGAAAAGGAUGGGUUGAAGGAGAAUAAUGAGUUGCAUGAGAAGGAUGGGUUGCAUGAGAGGGACGGGUUACAUGAGAGGGACGGGUUACAUGAGAGGGACGGGUGGAAGGAGAAUGAUGAGUUGAAUGAGAAGGAUGGGUUGCAUGAGAAGUUCGGGUUGAAGGAGAAGGACGGGUUGAAGAAAAAGAACGGGUUGAAGGAGAAGAACGGGUUGAACGCGAAAGGAAACGUAAAUACGGGAACAAGGGAAAAAUCAGUUAGAUGCAAUUAA